AACCCAGUCAGUUAAGUUUUCAUAUUGUUUUGUAGCUGUUUGUGAGAAAUCAAUCUAGAUAAAUACCAAUAUAUAUUUUGAACAAAGUUUAGUGCAGUAAAAUGCCAGGGAAGUGCUCUUUGGGGCAGGGUGGUAGAACCGGGACUCAGGUGAUCACAGUCCUAUGCUGCACUAGUGCUCACUGUGACUGUAUUCUUCCGACAAUUAUCUGAAGUAGAUGUCAAGCUCCUCACAAUGACACUCAAGAUAACCAUGCCAGGAGAACAAAGUGGGCCUACAUUCUCUCAGCUGAGACUCUUUCUUUGUUUCCUGAUGUAUUGCUGGGUUCUUGCUGAUCCAGUAUGUGGGUACUUCCUGAAAAACUGCACAAUCCGGGGUAAUCUCAGUGACCCCUCUAACAUGAAAGUACUCUGUGAAAAGAGGAACCUAGAAGUCAUACCAAAAGACAUUCCACGGAAAGUAAGCGUUUUAGAUGUGGCCAUGAAUAACAUUUCCAAAAUUGGAAAGUUGGAUUUUAAAGGCCUAUCAAACCUCAAAAUUCUAAACAUGUCAAGAAACCAGAUCUCUCAAUUGGACAAUGGGUCUCUCAGACACCUAGAGGCUCUUCAGGAGCUGGGUCUGGCUCAUAACAGACUCACAACGCUGUCAGACUAUUUGUUUCAGGGCCUGGCCAACCUCUCCCUGCUACAUCUGGACAACAACCUCAUCACAACCAUCGCGUCCUCAUCCUUUCAACUUCUCUCCAGUUUGAAGACAGUGAAUUUAACCAAGAACAACCUUUAUAAUAUGAAGGAAGUUCAGCCAAUUGUACAAUUGCCACACUUACAGGAGUUGUACAUUGGGAGCAACAAAUUCACCUCUUUCCAGUCACAGGAAAUAUCAAACACUUCUAUAGAGCUGAGACUGUUGGAUUUAUCCCGGAAUCCAUUGGGAGUCUUCAGGAUCACGACAGAUGUUCUUCCUUACCUUGAGGUGUUAGACAUCGCCUACUGUGGCCAACUUGGACACAUGGAAUGGGAUGUGCUGGACAGGUCUUUUCUGAGAAACGUCAAACGUCUGAACCUGAGCGGGAUAGAGAUGUCUUUGGAGAGGAUGAGUAUGGUGCUGCAGACUGUCAACUCCUCAUUAGUCCAUCUGAGACUGUAUGACAUUAGUGAAGAGAGGGUCAAGGCUCUCACUGAUAUUGCCUGCCAUAUACCCACACUUAGCUUGCUCCGACUGCAUCAUAACAACAUAAGUGUUCUCUCUAAGGAAUUCCUGCAGUCAUGUAAACAGUUGACCGAAAUGGACGUAUGUGAUAAUAAUAUCAAUCGGCUGUCUGAGCUUUUAUUCAGAUCAAUGGAGCAAUUAAGUACUUUGAAACUGGGCCACAACAGGCUUUCUUCCAUGCCAAAGGCCACAAGAAAUCUACCUACACUGAAGAUCCUGGAUCUGAGCUUCAAUAUCAUCCAUGAACUGGGCUGCCCUGACUUUGCCAAUCUUACAGGACUCACACAACUCUUUCUUUUCCACAAUCAAAUCUCCAACCUUCCAGGAUGUGUAUUCCAGGAUUUGAAAGACUUAAGGAUCCUUAAACUGGGAUCAAACAAAAUCCUGACCUUGAAUGAUGCAUUCAUGAGUGGUUUGCACAAACUAGAAUAUUUGUCGAUGUCAUACAAUAAGCUGAGCUCAAUCUCUAAAGGAGACUUUAAAGGCUUAGCAUCACUCAAGACCCUGCUUUUAUUUGACAAUCAGAUUGCUAGUCUUGAAGAUGGAGCCUUUGAGGGAUUGGUGAAUCUUACAGAACUUAGACUCCAGUCAAAUAAGAUCACUCAAAUAGACAUAAGAAAUACUGUGCUCACGGGACUUCCAAGCUUAAGAACUCUUGAUAUAUCCUGUAAUUACAUCACAUACGUAAAUGAUGAUAAAUUAGACCCUCCACCCUUCUCUCAUCUGACAUCUCUGGAGAACCUGCAGAUCCAUAGUCAGCGUCACAAGGGACUGUGUCAUCUACCUAUCAACUUCCUUGAAGGUCUGAAAUAUUUAUUGGCAUUCAAGGCAGGGAAUCUCAAUAUUAAGGACCUGCACCCAAAGACAUUUAUUCACACACCACGGUUGUGGUACCUUGAUAUCAGUAAGAAUGAGUUCACAGCCCUCACUCCAAAGCUGUUUCACCCAACCCCAAGGCUCAACAGAAUGUACCUGUCCAAAGCACGACUUCAGUCCUUAGAUUUCCUCAUAGGAGCAAACCUCAGUAGAGUCACAUUCUUGCAGGUGAGCAAGAACGACAUAACAGUAGUCAAUGAGACAGUGUUGCAAUCUCUCCCUGCCUUGACAUACCUGGACAUGCAAGAUAAUCCUUUCACCUGUGGCUGCAGCGAUGCUUGGUUUGUCCAGUGGAUGGAGAGCGACAACCAAACACAAGUUGUUGGUGCAGGAGAAUUUACCUGCAACUAUCCUGCCGAUCUAAAGGACACCAAGCUGUUGGAUGUUGAGCUUCAGUUCUGUAUAGUACACUUAGGACUUUACUACUACAUUUCUACCACUUGUCUGGUCCUCCUCACCCUGAUAGCAUCCUUUGCCUACCACUUCCUGAAAUGGCAGGUCAUUUACGGCUAUUACCUCUUCCUGGCUUUCCUCUAUGACACCAAGCAAAGGAAUAAGCUCACGCCUCAUGGCUGUCAGUACGAUGCCUUCAUCUCCUACAACGCCCACGAUGAGCCCUGGGUCCUGAGGGAGCUUCUGCCAGAGCUGGAGGGAGAGCAGGGCUGGAAGCUGUGUCUCCACCACCGGGACUUCCAGCCAGGCAAACCCAUCAUAGACAACAUUAUGGACGGCAUCUACGGAAGCCGCAAGACCAUCUGUGUCAUCAGCCACCGCUACCUGGAGAGUGAGUGGUGCUCCCGGGAGAUCCAGGUGGCCAGCUUCCGGCUCUUUGAUGAGCAGAAGGACGUCCUGAUUCUGGUGUUCCUGGAGGAGAUCCCUACCCACCAGCUGUCACCCUACCACCGGAUGAGGAAGCUAGUGAAGAAACGCACGUACCUGAGCUGGCCCAGAGUUGGGGAGCAAACCGGGGUCUUCUGGCAGCAACUACGGCUGGCUUUAGAGACCAAGGACGGCUCUGCUGAGGAAAAUCCCAUCCUCUCUGGGUGGAGGCUCUGUGAUACCAGUAGUUUUGAAAGUGGUGCUCACGAGCCAGAAGUGGUCCUCGUUUCCUGUGUAUCACGUCAUCUAAAAUCUGAAGUAGAUGUCAAGCCCCUCACAAUGACACUCAAGAUAACCAUGCCAGGAGAACAAAGUGGUUCUACAUUCUCUCAGCUGAGACUCUUUCUUUGUUUCCUGAUGUAUUGCUGGUUUCUUGCUGAUCCAGUAUGUGGGUACUUCCUGAAAAACUGCACAAUCCGGGGUAAUCUCAGUGGCCCCUCUAACAUGAAGGUACUCUGUGAAAAGAGGAACCUCGAAGUCAUACCAAAAGACAUUCCACGGAGAGUAAGCGUUUUAGAUGUGGCCAUGAAUAACAUUUCCAAAAUUGGAAAGUUGGAUUUUAAAGGCCUAUCAAACCUCAAAAUUCUAAACAUGUCAAGAAACCAGAUCUCUCAAUUGGACAAUGGGUCUCUCAGACACCUAGAGGCUCUUCAGGAGCUGGGUCUGGCUCAUAACAGACUCACAACCCUGUCAGACCAUUUGUUUCAGGGCCUAGCCAACCUCUCCCUGCUACAUCUGGACAACAACCUCAUUGCAACCAUCAGCUCCUCAUCAUUUCAGCCUCUCUCCAGUUUGAAGACAGUGAAUUUAACCAAGAACAACCUUUAUAAUAUGAAGGAAGUUCAGCCCAUCGUACAAUUACCACACUUACAGGAGUUGUACAUUGGGAGCAACAGAUUCACAUCUUUCCAGUCACAGGAAAUAUCAAACACUUCUAUAGAGCUGAGACUGUUGGAUUUAUCCCGGAAUCCAUUGGGAAUCUUCAGGAUCACGGCAGAUGUUCUUCCUUACCUGGAGAUGUUAGACAUCGCCUACUGUGGCCAACUUGGACACAUGGAAUGGGAUGUGCUGAACAGGUCUUUUCUGAGCAACGUCAAUCGUCUCAACUUGAGCGGCAUUGAGAUGUCUUUCGAGAGGAUGGGUAUGGUACUGCAGACUGUCAACUCCUCAUUAGUCCAUCUGAGAUUGAAUGACCUUGUCAAAGGCUCAAAGCUCAAGGUCAAGGCUCUCACUGAUAUUGCCUGCCAUAUACCUAAACUCAGCGUGCUCCGACUCGAAUAUAACAACAUAGGUAAUCUCUCUGAGGAAUUUCUCCAGUCAUGUAAACACAUGACAGAAGUGGACAUAUCAAAUACUGGUCUUAUUCAGCUGUCUGAAUUUUCAUUCAGAUCAAUCGAGCAAAUAAGUGCUUUGAAACUGGGCCACAACAGGCUUUCUUCCGUACCAAAGGCCACAAGAAAUCUACCUACACUGAAGAUCCUGGAUCUCAGCUUCAAUAUCAUCAAUAAACUAGGCUGCUCAGAUUUCUCCAAUCUUACAGGACUCACACAACUCUUUCUUUUCCACAAUCAAAUCCCCAACCUUCCAGGAUGUGUUUUCCAGGAUUUGAAAGAAUUAAGGAUCCUUAAACUGGGAUCAAACAAAAUCCUGACCUUGAAUGAAGCCUUCAUGAAUGGUUUGCACAAACUUGAGACUUUGAAUUUGGCAGGCAAUAAACUGAGCUCUAUAAGAAAAGGAGAGUUUAAAAGCUUAACAUCACUCAAGACUUUACUUUUAUAUGACAAUCAGAUUGCCAGUAUGGAAGAUGGAGCCUUUGAGGGAUUGGUCAACCUUACAGAACUUAACCUGGGCUCAAAUAAGAUCACUCAAACAGACAUAAGAAAUACUGUGCUCAUGGGACUUCCACUCUUAAGAUCUCUUGAUAUAUCCUGUAAUUACAUCACAUAUGUAAAUGAUGAUAAAUUAGACCCUCCACCCUUCUCUCAUCUGACAUCUCUGGAGAACCUGCAGAUCCAUAGUCAGCGUCACAAGGGACUGUGUCAUCUACCUAUCAACUUCCUUGAAGGUCUGAAAUAUUUAUUGGCAUUCAAGGCAGGGAAUCUCAAUAUUAAGGACCUGCACCCAAACACAUUCAUUCACACACCACGGUUGUGGUACCUUGAUGUCAGUAAGAAUGAGUUCACAGCCCUCACUCCAAAGCUGUUUCACCCAACCCCAAGGCUCAACAGAAUGUACCUGUCCAAAGCCCAACUUCAGUCCUUAGAUUUCCUCAUAGGAGCAAACCUCAGUAGAGUCACUUUCUUGCAGGUGAGCAAGAACGACAUAACAGUAGUCAAUGAGACAGUGUUGCAAUCUCUCCCUGCCUUGACAUACCUGGACAUGCAAGAUAAUCCUUUCACCUGUGGCUGCAGCGAUGCUUGGUUUGUCCAGUGGAUGGAGAGCGACAACCAAACACAAGUUGUUGGUGCAGGAGAAUUGACCUGCAACUAUCCUGCCGAUCUAAAGGACACCAAGCUGUUGGAUGUUGAGCUUCAGUUCUGUACAGUGGACUUAGGACUUUACUGCUACAUCUCUACCACUUGUCUGGUCCUCCUCACCCUGGUAGCAUCCUUUGCCUACAACUUCCUGAAAUGGCAGGUCAUUUACGGCUAUUACCUCUUCCUGGCUUUCCUCUAUGACACCAAGCAAAGGAAUAAACGCAUGCCUCAUGGCUGUCAGUACGAUGCCUUCAUUUCCUACAACGCCCACGAUGAGCCCUGGGUCCUGAGUGAGCUUCUGCCAGAGCUGGAGGGAGAGCAGGGCUGGAAGCUGUGUCUCCACCACCGGGACUUCCAGCCAGGCAAACCCAUCAUAGACAACAUUAUGGACGGCAUCUACGGGAGCCGCAAGACCAUCUGUGUUAUCAGCCACCGCUACCUGGAGAGUGAGUGGUGCUCCCGGGAGAUCCAGGUGGCCAGCUUCCGGCUCUUUGAUGAGCAGAAGGACGUCCUGAUUCUGGUGUUCCUGGAGGAGAUCCCUACCCACCAGCUGUCACCCUACCACCGGAUGAGGAAGCUAGUGAAGAGACGCACAUACCUGAGCUGGCCCAGAGCUGGGGAGCAAACCGGGGUCUUCUGGCAGCAACUACGGUUGGCUUUAGAGAGCAAGGAUGGCUCUGCUGAGGAAAAUUCCAUCCUCUCUGGGUGCAGGCUCUGUGAUAGUGAAACCUUGAUUUGAAACAACCAUCACACUCUGAACCUUUUCUGUAUAUUUACAUGAGAAUAUUGAAGAUGCACUCUCAAACUUUUGUCUAAUUUCAGCCAGUGGUUUUGAAAGUGGUGCUCACGAGCCAGAAGUGGUCCUCGUUUCCUGUGUAACACGUCAUCUAAAGUGUUUUAAACUCAUUUGUAUGAUAUGACAUGUUACGAAUCUAAUUAAUCAUAAUAGUAUGUUAUGAUUUUGCUGUGCCCUGCAUCCUGGAGUGCAUCUUAAGAAAUCGUUAAUAGUACUGACGCACCAAUGCAUCAAUCUAAGUAACAUAAUAAAAAGAUCCUGGUCUCAGAGCAUUUCGUAUUAUUCUGUACAUUUAUCUGAAAGACCACAUUAGGUAUGAUAUGUUAUGUUUUGUAUGGUAUAUAUUAAUAUAUUAACUUCUAAUGACUCCCCAUCCCGCAUGAGGGAGCGUAAUCAUCGCCUGACACUAAUUAGCAUAAUGCAACGGACAUAAAUAUUCCUAGAAAAUAUUCCUAUUCAUGAUAAUCACAAAUGAAAUAUAUUGAGAUACAGCUUAGCCUUUUGUUAAUCACCCUGUCAUCUCAUAUGUUCAAAAUAUGCUUUACAGCCAAAGCUAGGCAAUUGUUUUUGUAAGUUUAUCGAUAGCCUAGCAUAGCAUUUUGUCCAGCUAGCAGCAGGUAACUUGGUCACGGAAAUCAGAAAAGCAAUCAAAUUAAAUCGUUUACCUUUGAUGAGCUUAGGAUGUUUUCACUCACGAGACUCCCAGUUAGAUAGCAAAUGUUCCUUUUUUCCAAAAAUAUUAUUUUUGUAGGUGAAAUAGCUCCGUUUGUUCUUCACAUUUGGCUGAGAAAUCGCCCGGAAAUUGCAGUCACGAAAACGGCGAAGAAUAUUCCAAAUUAGCUCCAUAUUAUCGACAGAAACAUGGCAAACGUUGUUUAUAAUCAAUCCUCAAGGUGUUUUUCAAAUAUCUAUUUGAUAAUAUAUCCAUCAGGACAAUUCGUUUUUCAGUAGGACCGAUUGGAGUAAUGGCUACCUCUGUAUUUUACGAGAGAAUCUCUCUGGGAGCAUCAGGUGACCACUUGCGCAAUGUAGCCGCUUACGGGUAUUCUUCAACAUAAAUGCGUAAAACUACGUCACAAUGCUGUAGAUACCUUCGGGAAUAUGGAGAAAGAGUAAUCUGGUUGAUAGCCCAUUCACUGCUCAUUAGGGACAGAUAGGAACGCAGCGCUUUCAAAAAGAGGCACUUCCGGAUUGGAUUUUUCUCAUGCUUUCGCCUGCAACAUCAGUUCUGUUAUACUCACAGACAAUAUUUUUACAGUUUUGGAAACUUUAGAGUGUUUUCUAUCCUAAGCUGUCAAUUAUAUGCAUAUUCUAGCAUCUUGUCCUGACAAAAUAUCCCGUUUACUACGGGAAUGUUUUUUUCUUCCAAAAAUGAAAAUACUGCCCCCUAGUCACAAUAUGUACAAUAUGUUACAAAUUUUCAAAACAUAAUAUAUGUUAUGAAAUCUAGCUAGCUGGCUAGGUGGAUACCAUUAGCUAGGCUAGGGGUUAAGGUUAAGUUUAGGAGUUAGUUUAAAGGGUUAAGGUAAGGGUUAGGGGAAGGGUUAGCUAACAUUCUAAGUAGUUACAAAGUAGCUAAAAGGUAGUAAGCAGUUGAAAAGUUGCUAACUAGCUAACAUUGUCCAUGAUGAUAUUUCAACUUGCAACCUUUGGGUUGCUAGACAUUUGUGUUAUACACCUACCCAUCUGUCUUAUGUAAUCAUGAGAAACCUAACAUACCAUAUUAGAUGGAGUGUCUCGGAUUUAAGUACAGAAUAAUACGAAACGCUCUAAGACCAGGUUUGCAAACCUGUUAUGUCGGCCUUGCGCAUCUGCAGUGGAAGGUGACCAAGCUACCGCAGUGUUUGUCAUACCAUGAGAUAUCCUGAAAAUCUUCUCACGAAAACAUCCGUAGAGUCCGAACGGUUUGGCCUACAAACUAUUAUGACCCCUCUUUCGUCUGAAGGUAACCCAUAGAAACGAAUGGAAGUACGGAGUUCGUUUUUGCCAACAAAAAUAAGGGGUUAAAUAUGUGUCCAAAAAAACAAAAACAUUUCCUGAGCUUUCUUAGAUCUUCUACAUAUAUGACAGACACUUCAAAACCUUAUUUCUUAUGAUUUUUGUUGGAUUGUCUUUUUAGUCAUUUAUGAGUGUUAUUCAAUGCGUUUCUAUGGGCUACAAUAGUAAAGGGCAAAUUCAAUAUUUUAUCAAAUCAUUUUUUAACAUAUUUUUUUUUACUUAAAGGGGUCAUAAAAUUCCAAAUCUAAUACCCAAAAGAUCUAUGUUAUAACAAUUUAAAACAAUUCCUUAUGUUAGCUUAGUUAAGAAAUGCUUAUAUUUGUAAUAUGUGCUUUAAUGUCUCAUAGGAAAUUGAAUAAGUGAUACUUUUUUUCAUUGUCAUAGAUGUUCUUGAUUUUUAUAUUUGAUCUCAUUUAUCUCAUAAAUUAAUGCAAACUAUAAUCAAACUAUUUCAGUUUAUUGGCAUAUUUUUAUUAUAAUUUGUCAUACAAAAUGUUAAGCAUAAAAUAUGAUAAUAAAGUACAUUAUAUAUGCAAAGUAUGUGGACACCGCUUCAAAUGAGUGGAUUCUGCUAUUUCAGCCACACCCGUGACUGACAGGUGCAUAAAAUCGAGCACACAGCUAUGCAAUCUAUGUAAUCUCCACAGACAAAGACUGGCAGUGGAAUGGCCUUACUGAAUAAAUCAAUGUGGCACCGUCAUAGGAUGCCACUUUUCCAACAAGGAAGUGUGACAAAUUUCUGCCCGGCUAGAGCUGCCCCGGUCAACUGCAAGUGCUGUUAUUGUGAAGAUGAAACAUAUAGGAGCAACAAAGGCUCAGCGGCGAAAUGAUAGGCCGCUCAAGCUCACAAAACAGGACCGGUGAGUGCUGAAGCACCUAGCUCGUUAAAAUGGUCUGUCCUCGGUUGCAACAUUCACUACUGAGUUCCAAACUGCCUCUGGAAGCAACGUCAGCCCAAUAACUGUUCAUCAGAAGCUUCAUGAAAUGGGUUUCCGUGGCCGAGCAGCCGCACACAAGCCUGAGAUCACCAUGCGCAAUGCCAAGUGUUGACUGGAGUGGUGUAAAGCUUGCCGCCAUUGGACUCCGGCGCAGUGGAAACGCGUUCCCUGGAGUGAUAAAUUAAGUAUCACCAUCUGGCAGUCCGACAGACGAAUCUGGGUUUGGCGGAUGUCAGGAGAAUGCUACCUGCCCGAAUGAAUGGUUUGUGAGUGCUUUUGGUGACAAGACGAAUUUCUUCAGCCUCCUGAGGUUGAAGAGGUGCUGCUGCGCCUUCUUCACAAUGCUGUCUGUGUGAGUGUACCAAUUCAGUUUGUCUGUGAUGUGUAUGCCGAGGAACUUAAAACUUACUACCCUCUCCACUACUGUUCCAUCGAUGUGGAUAGGGGGGUGUUCCCUCUGCUGUUUCCUGAAGUCCACAAUCAUCUCCUUAGUUUUGUUGACGUUGAGUGUGAGGUUAUUUUCCUGACACCACACUCCGAGGGCCCUCACCUCCUCCCUGUAGGCCGUCUCGUCGUUGUUGGUAAUCAAGCCUACCACUGUUCUGUCGUCCGCAAACUUUAUAGGCUUGGUGUCUCCUAGUGGUAGUACUCAGGGUCCACAUACACUUUGAUGUAGGCUGCACAUGCCUUCCUUGAUGCCGGAGAUGGGCAGUGGGGCCUCUCGGGCUACUGCCCCAGGGGUGGCAGACAGGUCCUUAUCACAGGCGGCUUGUUACUCCUUGAUUGAGGAGGAUGGGCUCAAUGUAAUGGCUGGAACAGAAUAAAUGGAAUGGUACACUCUUAGAUAAAUGGUUCCAAAAGGGUUCUUCAGCUGUCCCCAUAGGAGAAACCUUUUUGGUUCCAGGUAGAAACCUUUUUGGUCUCAGGUAGAACCUUUUUGGUUCCAUGUAGAACCCUCUGUGGAAAGGGAUCUACCUGGAACCAAAAGGGUUUUUACCUUGAACUAAAACUAGUUCUUCAAAGGCUUCUACUAUGGGGACAGCCGAAGAACCCUUUUAGGUUCUAGAAAGCACCUUUUUUCUAAGAGUGUAUCAAACACAUCAAACACGUUGUUUCCAUGUGUUUGAUAGCAUUCCAUUCUCUCCAUUCUAGCCAUUAUUAUGAGCUGUCUUCCUCUCACCAGCCUCCUGUGGUGCUUAUGUCCUUCUCUCUCCACUUAUUCAAUGGUCUUUCCUCUCACCUGUGGAUGAAAUAAAGUCUAUGAAGUAUGAAUGAGAAAUGGAAUUAUAACAAGGGGAAAGUCAGUGCACAAAGGGAAACAGUAUCUAUAUUAGUUCUAUUACAUCAUAAAGAACAUACAAGCAAGGUAGAUCUACUGUGGUAUCACAAUGUGGUAUCAGUUCUGGCUCACAAGUAAGGACUAUGUCUGCUAUGAUGUCUGUGAAAACUUCUCUCAUACCUGCUUUGUAAAUCACUGAACACUUUCCCAUGAAGGUCUUGUCUUCACAGAUGAUCUAACCAUGCAUGCCAUUGUUGUUAUUAUGUACAUAGUGCUAUUUCUAUUGUUUUAUCACCCUUUCCAUUAUUUUAUUUCACUAGUUCUGCAUGUUGGAGGUUGAAGCCAAAGAUUUUCACUCUACCCUGCAAUCACACCUGCAACCCUGUUCAUGUGACUAUUAAACAAUCUGAUCUGAAUCUGAA